AUGGACGGCGUGGUUCCUCCUCUGGGAGAGCUGCAGUUUCUCACAAUUAGAGUGGUUGCUGUUUGUGCAAAGUGGGGCAGCCAGGCACACACAGUCAUGACAAGCGGUGCUUGUCGUGAGACGCAGUGGGGCUGUCGAGGUGGCCUCUACUUUGCACUUCCCACUUCCAUAAACGGCGGAGUGUCACCUGGUUGCCAUGCUCUUGACACGCUGAUUGACAACUAA